UUAAGCCUUUAGGGCCACUGAUUAGGUAGCAGCUGCGUCAAGAAGCACCAGAGCCCCUCUCUCGCUCUCUCCCAAUAAUGGCAACUUCUUCUUCUUCAUCAUCAUCAUCGUCAUCAGCAAAGAGACUGGCGAGCAAUCUCUCAUCGAUAGCAUCGCGCAUCUACUUCUUCCUAAUCAUCCUUCAGAUCCCUCUUUUCAGGGUCUCAUGCAGAUCUGGUAUGUGUACAACACCAUUGCAUGUAACAUCCUCCCAAUUGAUUGCAAGUGAGAUCUUUCCUGUUGCUGUUGUGAAGACCCUUUUGUACCCUGGUGCUGCUGCAAAUGGCCUUGUUAAGAACAUGACUAUUCCGAGCUGGGAUAACCUGUUAGAUAUCUAUAACUUGACCAGUGUGAAGGAAGCUCCUGCAGUAACUGAUCUCCAACGCCUAGAGGUUCUUGCAGGAAGCUACUUCUCUGUGGCAGGAGCGCUUGUGGGUCUUCUAAGACCAGGGAGGAUGAACAUGUUUGGGACACUUCUUGUAAUUUGGGGUCUUGUAAAGGAAGGGAUUUUGGGGAAGCCAGUAAAUACAGAUCCUACAAAAGCCGUCUAUGUCUACCCAACAAUGUUGAUUGCCCUGAUCUGUGCCUUCUCAUCCGUAAAGUAUGAUGUGAAGAAGGUUGUUAGGAGUGCCCCUGCCCGACCGGUGGCAAAGCCUCUUCAGAGCUCUUCAAAAUCUAAGCUGAAAUAAGUUGAAAUGUAAUACUUCUCAUUUUGUCAAAAAUUUCAAUGGCGAUGAGUUCAAACUGUAUGCAUUCGUGCCAAAAUCAAUUUUAAAAAUUUUAUCGCCCUCUCAAAA